AUGACUUCAGCCGACGUACAAACCAGCAAAUCUACAGUUCUUGAUGACUGGGACAUAAAUAAUAGUGCGAUAGUGAACAGCGACAAUCCGCAGGAGAUUUACAAAGAAUACGCCUAUCUACGCAGGCAGUGUCCAGUCGCUCACGUGGACAAGCACAACGGAUAUUGGAUUCUGACCAAAUACGAGGAUGUGAAAGAAGUAGCCUCCAACAACGAGAAGUACAUCUCAUACGAGUGCGCCAUCGUCCCUGCCGACCCACGUGGUAUUCGUCGUCCGCCACUCAAAUUCGAUGGUGAGCAGCACAAGCCCUACCGCCGGGCGGUGGAUCGAACGAUGAAGCCUGCACGAAUCAAGCGCUUGGAGCCAAUCAUCCGUGAGCAUUGCGAGCGCGAAUUGCAAGUAUUGAUCGAUCGUGGGCACGGUGACAUUUACGAGGAUUUCGCUGCUAAAUGGACGAGUUGGGUUGAGAAAGAGUGGCUAAAUUUGGACGAUGCAGAUAGCGCGAUUCUGGUCGAGAGCUUUAGCCCCUUCGUCACCGCGUGGAGAAUGGGCAACCAGUGGGAUGUAGUGAAGAAGUGGAGUGACGCCUGGUAUGGUAUUGCCAAAAGAGUCGUAGCGAGCAGGAAGGAGCACCCGCUGGAUCCAGAAGUUGACCCUGCCUCGAGCUUACUCUUGGAGACAGACAGAAACGGUAAUCCACUAGAGGAAGAACAUAUCAUUGGUUGCAUCCGACAAAUCGUGAUCAUCGCCAUGGUCGCACCCACGAUUGUUGUUACUGCCAUCGCGAAACAUCUCAGCGAGGACCGCGAACUACAAACCAAACUGCGAAAUGAUCGCUCGCUUCUCCCUGCUGCCAUUGAGGAAUUCAUUCGCCUUUAUGUGCCUUAUCGGGGCUUCUCGCGCACUGCAGUCAAGCCGGAGACCCUACACGACACCACCAUUCCACCUAAAGAGCCCAUCACUGUCGUAUACUCCGCAGCGAACCGUGAUCCCGAGCAUUUUCCCGAUCCAGACAGGUUUAUCUUGAAUCGCGAGAACAUCAACACUCACCUGGGUUUUGGAAAAGGAAUACAUCGCUGUGCCGGGGUGGGGUUGGCGCGCAUGAUGAUGAGAAUCUUCCUGGACACGAUACUGGAUCGGUGCGACUAUUGGGAAGUCGAUGGGGAGGUCGUGUAUGCGAGAUUGCCGGAGGUUGGGCCAACAAGUUGCCCGCUCAAGUUCCACAGAGCCAGAACAUGACAAUAUCGGCCAUAGUUGCUUUGUGUCAACUAAUGGCAGUCUAGAAAGCGUAUGCAAUUGCCAAAGAAUCAAGAUCGUCCCUCCAUGAUCGUAAGUACCCGAUGACCGGAUAGUGCUGUUUCUUCCUCCUGUUGGGCGGCUCUUUCAACAUUGUCUAAGUUGGCGGUGUUGGUAACAAGCUGCCAAAGCCUUUCUCUGAUUAAAUAGCA